AUAGGUGAAACCUCUAGAGGCUGCAGUGCCCUUGAAGACGGGUAAGAUCCGGCAAUCAACAGAAAGAGAAAGAUGAAUCCCCUUAACAUGUGUAAUGUCAGAACAUCUUCACGAAGUAUGAUGAUAAUGAUGGCUUGGGUAACCAUCAUAUCUGUAUCAUUUUUUUCUUACUUCAUGGUUGAUAAAACCAACAAACUUCCUCGGUACACACUUCAGAAGUCACAGCCUGAAAACCCAAGCCAAGAAUCAGCCACUCGGUUAUUGCACAACACUUCCUUGAGUAAUUUAAGUAGUACACCCUCUACUAACCCACAUGUUCUAAAGAUUGAGUAUCAUCAAGAAUUCUAUAACCAACACUGGGCGGUUAAUUGUGAGGCAAUUUUGUCGGACGAUAAACAAGAAAUCGCACAUGUGGACGAAAUCCUACAGAAUGAGAAGCAGAAAUCAAACAAAGGUGAAAUCGAAAUUGCAGCAGAUAGUUUGGUCGCAAAUUUUACCCAAGACUGCGAAUACUAUAGAACAUUCCGUGAAUACCCAACAAAAGUACUAAGUAAGGAGGAGAAGGAGUUUCCGCUUGCUUUUAUCAUCCUUGCUCACAAAAAUGCCGCCCAGGUUGAACUACUCUUGCGUGCCAUUUACCAACCUCACAAUGUCUAUGCAUUACAUCCUGAUGGGAAAUCGCCACCAGAAUUUCGAAGAGCUAUAAAAAGUAUUGCUAAUUGUUUUGACAACGUUUUCGUGUGUUCCAAAUUGGAAAGAGUUCAGUAUGCUGGCUUCUCUCGUCUUAUAGCUGAUAUUAACUGCAUGCGCGACCUGAUCAAGCAUCCUGUACAUUGGAAAUAUGUUAUCAACCAGUGUGGGGAGGCAUUUCCACUAAAGACCAACUUAGAGAUGGUACAAAUUAUCAAGGCUUACCAUGGACGUGUAGACGCUGAAUCAUAUGACGCUCCCCAUAAGCUAUCCCGGUUUCACAAGCUCUCCCCUAGAUAUAACGACUUCUCUAAUACUGAAGAGAGACUAAAGCGAUACCCGCCACCAGGAAACAUCACGCUGCAUUCUGGGAAUGCGUAUAACACACUAAGUCGGGAAUUUGUGGAUUAUGUCUUGACAGAUGAGGAAUCUGUUAAGUUUCUUAGUUGGAUAAAUAUGACGUACUCACCUGACGAACAUUUUUGGGCAAGUCUUCGUCGCUACUACAAAGCACCAGGAUCAUACCCCAACGCCACGCACAAGGAUAUCAACACCUGCUUUGUGAAAUGGGGAGGAGAAUCAACAUUCAAAACUUGCAUUGGAAAGUUUGUCAGGGGGAUCUGUGUUAUAGGCACUGGUUACAUAUCCUAUGUGGCCCGCCUUCCCCAUUUAUUCCUCAACAAAAUCCAUUACUCUUAUGAUCCGGUUACGCUACAGUGUUUGCAAGAAUUGCUAACGAACAGAACACUCCACACUGAGCUCACGCAUCAAUACUACCAGGAAUUCCCGCCCAUACGUGCAUGGUACUAAAUCAUUUUGAACUGAAUGUGCAGUUUAUUUAAUAUCAUAAGGAUAAUAUUUAACAUUUUGUUCUUUUAUUUGUCUUUGUCACUUCGUCACAUUCCAAGCUGGGAGUUUGUUGGCAAUAAUACAUAUCCAUCUUUAGGCCUGCACUUAUGAAUGUAGGGCCUAUUUUGCGUUCAUUCUACAUUAUACAGUGCGUCCCACAAAAAACGAAACCGAGAUUUAUCGAUGAUUCAUCAUAACUUAAUCAUAAAUACAAUAGACAAAUGACCUACCAUUGUAAAGCUUAGAAUCUCCUCUUUUAUCUGAAAUUACUCAGAUUAUUUCUCAUUCACGCAUGAGUGAGCAAAAACAAUUUGAAGAGGGUAUACCAAAAAGUAAUUUGGCGGGCUGUAUCUGGGUUUCAAAAAGAAAACCACAUUUCUAAGAAGUUCAAUGUCUGCUCUUUAAUUUGAUACCUCAAUUACAUAAAAUGGUCGAGAAAUAAGAAAGUUCUGGUUAUUUGAAAUAAGGCUUGAAUUUCAAUAAUUUCAUAAAAUGAAGAGGUUUUACAGGCUAGCGUUCAAACUCACUCGACACUCCGUUUGGUUGGCGAUCAGCCAUGCAUGAAGUCUUUUGUUAACUAUGCGAUAGCUUUUUUGGGAAACCGGUGAAAUCACGUUUAUUUAAUGAAAUUAUGGAAAUACAAGCAUUGUUUCGAGGGAACGUAACUUUUUUACUUCAUGACCAUUUUUUGUGAUUAAGGUAUCAAAUUAAAGAGCAGAUAUUGAACUUUUUAGGCACGUGAUUUUCUUUUUAAAAUUCAGAUACCCCCCGCCAAAUGAGUUUUUUGGUAUCCUUUCUUCAAAUUGUUUUUGCUCACUCAUGCGUGAAUGAGGAAUAAUCUAAGUAAUAUCAGAUGAAAGAGGAGAUUCUAAGCUUUACAUUGGUAGGUCAUUUGUCUAUUGUAUUUGUGAUUAAGUUAUGAUAAAUCAUCGCUAAAUCUCGGUUUCGUUUUUUCUGGGACGCACUGUAUAAUUUCUAUAAGAUGAUGCCAGCCCUAUCGUUACAGGAUAGUGAUUGUUCUAAACAAGUAUUCCUCGUGCAAGCCAUAUACGUAGGGUGUUCUUAUAAGUAAUGGGGAGUUUUUUAAUUGUAAAUGAACUAUAGUAGAUUACAUUAUAGCCUGCUUAGUGUUCACCGUAUGCUAAGUCACUGGAGUGAACGAACGCGAGGAACUUUGAGCAUGUUCUAACCCAAAGAACGUUGCCUGACAUUUCAAUAGUUCGUGACAGGAUAUUGGACAAGCAGUAUGUGGUUUUGCCUACACUGUUUAUCCAUCGACUGUGUAGCAAGGAAAGUCCAUGGUUAUUGAAAGGUCCUUACUACCAUCCAUUGUGAUCUCAGACAUUCAGGCUAUUUCAGAAGAUUUAGAACCCUCAUGGAAAUGCAUGGCUGUUAUACCACAUCUGCUUAGUAGUCAAGUGUUUAAUAAACACACGUACACAACAAGAUGCUGAAAUUUCAUCAAAAUGUACUAGGAAAUUUGUUUUUAUACAAUGCGUCACGCAUUGAGUAAGUAAAAAUGCUUUGAAGAAAGGAUGCUAGUCACUUGGCAGAUAGUACGUGAAUUUCAAAAGGAAAAUCACAGGUCUAAAAAUGUUUUAUAUCUGCUCUUUAAUUUGAUACCUCAAUCACAGAUAUGGUCAACAAAUUACAAUGUUCUGUUUCUCCGAAUUGAUGGUUAUAUUUCCAUAAUUUCAUUAAACAAAAGUGUUUUACGGAUUUCCCUCAAAACCUAUCGCACGGUUAACAAAAGACAUGCCAUGGUGGAUCAUCAACAAAACGGCAUGUCGAGUGAGUCUGACAGUUAGCCUCUUUAUUUUAUGAAAUUAUUAGAAUUCAACCCUUAUUUCAAAUAAACACAACUUCGUUAUUUUUUAAACAAUUUUCUGUGAUUGAGGUAUCAAAUUAAAGAGCAGAUAUUGAAAUGUGAUUUUCUUUUUUAAACUUAGAUACCACCCACAAA